AUGAAGAACGGUAGCAUUGUGAUGAAACUUCUGGUUCUUCUUAUGUUUUCUCUUCAUCGUUCAUCAGCAGGAACCCACUCCUAUCAAUACAUCAUCACUGGAGUCAGAGGAAUCGAUUUCCCAGAAUACACUGAAGUGGGUAUUGUGGAUGGAGAGCAGAUUAACUACUAUGACAGCAACAUCAGGAGAACAAUCCCAAAGGCGGACUGGAUGAAGAAGGUCGAUUAUCCGGAUUACUGGAAUAUAAACACUCUGAACUCACAGGCUAAUCAGGAGCGAUUCGAAGUGGAUCUGCCAAUAAUAAUGCGGUUCUUUAAUCGGACUGAGGGAGUACACACAUGGCAGGAGAUGUACGGCUGCGAGCUCGAUGAUGACGGCACCGUGAGAGGACACAUGCAGUACGGUUAUAACGGAGAAGAUUUCCUCAGCUUUGAUCUGAACACCAUCACCUGGACAGCAGCUAAUGCCAAAGCAGUGAUCAUUAAAAACAAGUGGGAUCCUAACGUUGGCUAUUACAAGCUUAAGGAGCACUACCUGAAGAUAGACUGUGUCGAGUGGAUAAAGAAGUAUUUAUCGUACAGCAGAGAGACUCUGGAGAGGGAAGUUCCUGCUGAGGUGUUUGUCUUCCACAAGCACUUCCCCUCCCCAGAGGUGGUGUGCCACGCUACAAGUUUCUACCCCAGAGGACUGCUGAUGUUUUGGCAGAAGGACGGAGAAGAAGUGCACGAGGACGUGGAGAUCAGAGAGACUCUACCCAACCAGGAUGGAAGCUUCCAGAAGAGAGCCAUUCUGAGAGUCUCACCUGAGGAGCUGAAGGAACACGGAUACACCUGUGUGGUUCAGCACAUCAGCCUGGAGAAGGAAACUGUGCAAACGGUUCCAGGUGAACAGGUUCGGAAGGUUAUAAAGAACAGGAAGAAAAACAAGAGGAAAUAAGAACAUUUAAGAAGAAAAGAGAAGAUGAAAGACGUAAAAGAGAAGAGGAAAGAGAACAGUGGAAAGAAGCAGAAAGAAGAGAAAGAGAGAAGAGAGAGCGAGAGUAUGAGGAAUACAAACUAAAAAUGAAGAAAGAGUAUGAAGAACGAAAAAGAAUUAGAAAAGAAGAGUGGGAGAGAAGAACCAGUGAGGACAAUGAGAAAAAGCCGAAAACAACUACUGAACCGCUGAAACCUUGACUUAU